UUCGCCGCCGCGGCGGCUGCGCGAAGCGGGGAGGCGCUAGCGGCUCUUCCGAGCCUGCUCGCCGCCCCUGUGUAGCCGCUGUGCUCGUCGCCAUGCUGCCCAACACCGGGAAACUAGCUGGAUGCACUCUCUUCAUCACGGGCGCAAGCCGUGGCAUUGGCAAGGCCAUUGCUUUGAAAGCUGCCAAGGAUGGAGCAAACAUUGUGAUAGCUGCCAAAACAGCUGAGACCCAUCCUACUCUUCCAGGGACUAUCUACACUGCUGCAGCAGAGAUUGAAGCGGCCGGAGGAAAGGCUCUGCCAUGCAUUGUUAACGUGAGGGAAGAGCAGCAGAUUAUCGAUGCUGUGGAGAAAGCUGUGAAGACGUUUGGAGGGAUUGAUAUUUUGGUGAACAACGCAAGCGCCAUCUCUUUGACUGGCACUUUGGAAACGGAAACGAAGAAGGUCAAUCUUAUGAUGGAAGUCAAUGUACGAGGAACCUACCUCACGUCUAAAACGUGCCUUCCCUACUUGAAGAAAAGUAGGAACCCACACAUCCUGAACCUCAGCCCACCUAUGAAUAUGAAUCCUGUGUGGUUCAAAAACCAUUGUGCUUAUACCAUUUCUAAGUAUGGGAUGUCCAUGUGUGUCUUGGGAAUGGCAGAAGAAUUUAGAGGAGAAGUGGCUGUCAACGCUUUAUGGCCUAAAACAGCCAUACAUACAGCUGCUAUGGAUAUGCUGGGUGGAUCUGGAAUAGAAAAACAGUGCAGGAAAACAGACAUCAUUGCAGAUGCUGCAUAUUGCAUUUUAACAAAACCAAAAAGUUUCACUGGAAACUUCAUUGUUGAUGAAGACCUGCUGAGAGAAGAAGGAGUUAAGGAUUUUGAUGCCUAUGCAAUUGUGCCAGGUCAUCCCCUGAUGCCUGACUUCUUUUUGGAUGUUGAAGGUAACACGGCAGACAUUAAACAGGAAAGAUAUGGUAUUCCCCAAGGACCCAAAGGGGACAAGAAAUUAAGUGGAUCCCAACAGGAAGGACCGUCUGGAGCUAAGGCAUCGAAUCCUGUUGCAGAAACAUUCAGAGUUAUUCAGGGGACAAUGAAUGAAGAGUAUGUGAGAACCAUUCAGGGGGUCUACCAGUUUGAAUUAUCUGGUGAUGAUGGAGGCACUUGGUACAUUGACCUGAAAACCAAGAGUGGGAGUGCUGGUUUUGGCAAGCCUCCUGUGACAGCUGAUGUGGUUAUGAGCAUGUCCAGUACUGACUUUGUGAAGAUGUUCACAGGUAAACUAAACCCAACCAUGGCCUUCAUGUCAGGAAAAUUAAAGAUUAAAGGUAACAUGUCUCUAGCAAUAAAGCUUGAGAAGAUGCUGACGAAGCUUAACUCUAAACUAUGAGGGCAAACCCUCACUACCAGAACAGUGGCCUUUCAUAUAUGACUGCAAUCUGUUUCAAAAUAAUAAUCCUUGUUCUUCUCUGAUGUAAUAUAACAAGUAUAAAAUGUGAUAGUAAGAAGGAUAAACUGAGAUUUUUAGAGAAGAAAUAGCUGUCUAAAUAAGGUAAAGAGAUGUUUUCUGUAAUUAAACAAAGCCCUUAUUGACAAUACACAUCUUGAGGUGCAGA